AUGGCUGGCUCUAUAACACACACACGCUCUGGGCGGCCCUCUAAGGGUGCCUUUUGGGUUACGACCUUAGCACUAGCCCUCGUCUUUCCAUCAGUUCUUGCUGCUGGUAUUCCUCGUGGAAUUGUCUUCGAUGGCGCCAAAUCUGUCUCAGACGCUAAAGAUUCUGUCGGUGACGAAUCGAAUGCUCUAGCUGGGAAUCAUCUCGAGGCUAGCCAAAACCACGGAACUACCAUCUUGUUUACUGUUUCGUCUACGGCUACUGUCACGGUCUUCGCUACUCCGACUCAACCUAAAACUAUAAUUAUCACUGCCACUCCGCCUGAACCUAAAGCCUCUACUCCGUCUACCUCCAAUGCCGUUCGCUCUUCAAGUUCUUCCAUUUCGACCUCCAUUGAAUCUUCGACUAGCUUGGUUAUCGCGAGUUCUUCUGUGUCAUCUUCGUCGUCGGUUCUACCACCUCUAGCCUUUACUAAUAAUCAAAGGUCGGCGGGUUCUACCACGUCUUCUGCAAGAGGCAGUUCUUCAUCUUCUACUGCUUCUACAAGACCCCCUAGUACUUCCUCGACUUUGGUCACUUCUACUAGAAGUACAUCCUCAACUUCGGUGGUUUCUACUACCAAUAUUUCUUCUUCGUCCACCUCUUCUAGUGUUACCUCGACGUCAGCUUCAAGAAGCUUGACUGCAGCAGCUCAAUCAAGUUUUGUUGCAGUUGUGGGAGCUGAGACUACAUGUGUUGAGAGGUUGAAGAUUGACGACAUGCAGACCCGGAGGCCUAACAGCUUUAAUCUUCUACUUUUGGCUUGGAGAGAACUUCAACUCGCUAAUGAAACGGAUGAUUUGAGCUUCUACCGGUUGUCCCGUAUUCAUGGAGCACCAUUCGCGCCAUGGCAAAUGCCAGAACAGGGCAAUUAUAACAGACAGGUUGGAUACUGUACUCACCAUAGCGUCAUAUUUUUAACUUGGCAUCGACCAUUCCUUCUCCUUCUCGAACAGACACUCUAUAGGAAGGCGCUUGAAAUCGCUCUUAGGUUCUCGAUUGAUGUUCGACCGAGGUACCUAGCUGCCGUCGAUGGUCUCAGAUUACCGUAUUGGGAUUGGAGCGAUCCAGUUACCCAAAGCCGUCUUCCACCGAUCGUUACAGUCGCUACUAUAUCUGUCACCCAGCCUGGUACCAAUGGCGCCCCGGUUACCACCACAAUACCUAACCCUCUGAAAUCUUAUACUUUUCAAUCCGCUGAAUCAAUUGCAACCUUUGUGCAGAACUUUGCGACAUGGAGAACGACUCUUAGACGGCCUACAAGUAACGGUGUAACCCAAGAAGAUCUCGCAGAUAGAGUGCUACAGAACGGCUAUAACAAUCGACACCAAUCUACUUACUUAGCGUUCAGCCGAGGCAGAUUCAACGACUUCGCCGCGAGCAUCGAAUCUCUUCACGAUGAGGUUCAUGCAGCUGUAGGAGGCCGGGGGCACAUGACUUAUGUUCCCUAUUCUGCAUAUGACCCUAUUUUCUGGUUACAUCACUGCAACAUGGAUCGUCUUAUGGCCAUGUACCAGUCAGCACAACCGAAUACAUUCGUUGAGCCGGCAAAUUCAGUUGCAACAUUCGCUAACCCAUCUUCUCCGCUGGAUACUGUUGAUACUCCCCUAUAUCCCUUCCGACAUAGAGAUGGCUCUUGGUGGACAUCACAGAACAUGUCCACUGCAAACUCGGUCUUCUCGUUGUCCUAUGGUUACCCCGAAGUUCCUUGUCUCCUCAGUUUCUCCAACUUUGACGCUCUUCGCAACCAUACAAUCACCGAAAUAAACCGUCUUUACGGUCCAAGUCCUACUCCCCCGACUAAACGAGACAUCAAGACAUAUCAGAUGCGCCAGGAAUGGCAAGCCAAGAUUGUCAUUGAUCAAGCAGAACUUCUUGGUUCUUUUACUGUCUACAUCUUCCUCGGCACCCCACCAGUCGACCCGGCUCGCUGGGCCACUUGUCCAACAAUGAUCGGAACUCUAACCCACCUUGGAGCCCCCGAAAAGCGGAUGCACUCUCGUGUCAUCGGUACUGAUGUUGUUCUCACCAAUACAGUUUAUGAAAACCUAGGACCAAAUCCUACUCAGGAACAGGUUUUAAGCUAUAUCCGUGAGAACAUCAACUGGGCCAUUGUAUCGGACGGAAACCCUGUGAAUGUUCCACAGUUGCACACUUUGCGUGUCACUUGUGUUUCAACUGAAGUUAGCAUGCCGACUUGUCCUAACGAGCUCCCAAAGAAGGGGUCCGAUACAUACCAUCUAGAAGUUACCGCUGGAAAGCCGGGAGGUUCAAAAUCGGAUUGUGAUGUCAACUCACCGUUCCAAAUUGAUGGGAAGAGAGUUGGACUCCCAAGCCAUCUUGGUAUAUCCAAAUAA